CUAAACGUCACUGCUUCAACAACACUUAUAUCGAUUCAGUGGCAAAACCAAGUUCUCAAAUAUUUUGGUUGCAAAUUUUUUUAAUUUAUCACUUGAUUCGCCGACAUUUAGCAUAAUGUUUAGUAAAAUUUUAAUUCUUAGUUUAGCUAUAAGUACCAUACAAGCUUCGAUAUUGGAAUUCGAUAGCUGGUUCAAUAUUGAUUUGUAUCAUGCCAUCGACAAGAAUAAUCCACAAUUGUUUACGCCACGGGGGAAUAUAUCAGUGACGAGCAUCAAUUCCGGCUCAUUUCAAUUGACACAACAACACCUCAGCUCCAGCGAACGAAACAUGUUCAAGGAAUUGGCCGAAGAGAACAAAUUCUAUCGACUGAAAGCCAUUGUGACUCACAGCAAUGGGGCCAAAUCCACUUUUCUCACAUCGUCCAAAGCGUGUGCAUUUGCCAAUUCUCAAUUGAAUGACAUUCUAUGGGUAUCGGUGGAUUAUGCAGCAAAUGUGCUGGGCAUUCAACAUACGGUGCUGGGAAGUGGCGGCAGUUGCAGUGGCGAUUCGACCAUCGACAAAGAUGCACUCGAAGAAUUCAAUACCGAUGUUUUGGUGAAGCGAUCUGAACUCGGUCAAGUUCCAGAUACGGCCAGUUUCAUUCAAAAGUUGGAACGUGAACGUGAAGCACGCGACCAUGGUGAAGUGAAGGAUCAUCGUGGAUUUUUCGCCAAAUACUGGAUGUACAUUGUGCCAGUGGCAAUUCUUGUACUCGUUUCCGGUGCAACGAGCCCCGAAGGUGGUUCGGGCGGCGGUCGAUAAGACAAAUUUUGUCUUUUGACAAAUUUGCAAUGCAACAAAUCAAGAAUCCUAUAGUAUUUGUUCAAUAUUAAGUACCUUUGAAAAUUUGUACAGACUUCAUCUGUCGAGAGAUCAGAAUAAGAAAAAAACAAACCAAUCGCUCUACAUUUCGAGUAGUGCUAAGAAAAUUGGAGCAAGUAAAACUAAAACCAGCGGAGUGAAAAAGUCAUUGUAAAAGAAAUGUAUAAUUUGGCGAAAUAAAACGAAAUAAAAGACCCAAA